AUGGCAACGCAGCCUCAAACAAUUACGGUUCCACCUUGCCGCAACUAUUUGAAAUCCCCUCCCCUUCCUCAGCUUUUGGAUUUCCCUCCUCUCCAUUCUUUUUUUUUUCAUUUUUCAGUGUGGCAGCAAAAGAGGACGGAACGAAUUGAGGGAAGCAAAUUGUUCAUAGCACACACGAAAAGAAAAAGAAAAUGA